CGCACGCGCAUCUUUCCUCGACAGCCGGCUGCAUGCACCGGGACGACUUCCUGCUGGAGAGGGAACGUCAUUCACUGUGCAAAAUCUGUGCGUGUCUGUGUAUAAGGCGGAGAGUCGGCACGCAAAAAAAGCUUUUGAAGCAUUGCAAGCAAACGUGCAAAUUGCACGCAAUGCAAUCGAAUCCCGAGCUUGUGGGGCUUUAGAUAUCACAGGGAAAUCCAAAGAAGAGGAGAUGAAGUUGGAGGUUCUGCUUGGUACUUUUACCGUAACCAUCUGAGGGAGCUUUCUGCUGCCAAGAGGAAAGUCUGAAGAGCUUCUGAUUGGAGGGAGCAGUGAAGACAACCGUGGCUGUGUCAGAUGAAGAGAGAUACAAGUCUGUGGAGGGAAUUCAUAGGCAAUGCACUGGGAAUAAAAUGCCUCGGCCAACGGGAUGCUGUUUACAUAGGCGGACCGCAUUUUGGGAUUCAGAGAUGGAUAAGCCACGGGACGUGGUGGACGAGGAGCCUGGGAGUGGGGAGCUGAAUGAGGCCGUGGAGGCCGACCUUCAGCGCCUGGAAGAAGAGGCAGAGGAAGGGGCCCGGCCGUACCGCUGCGCCGCUGGCAAGCGGGGAGCCCUCGUGGGUGACGAGGAGGCGCCACUGGCCAGGUCGGCCAGCACUGAGAGCGGCUUCCAUAACCACACAGACAGGGCGGAGGGGGAUGUGCUCUGCGCCCAGGCCGAGCCCUUCGGUUCCCGGGAGAGAUUGGCAGAGAGCGAGGAGGACGAGAGGUCCUAUGCCGUCCACUGCCGGCCAGAAGCGGAGGAGUACACGGAGCAAGCUGAGUCGGAGCACGCGGAAGCGGCUGCCUCCCACGCCCUCCCCGGCGCUCUGCGAUUUGGUGUGGUAGACCCCGAGGGCCUCAUGAGCUCGGCUUACGCGGGCUAUGUCUACACCCACCAGGCCUUCCACCACAGCGACGAGGAGCAGUAUGCUGAGCCUUACGACGACUACUCGGCCCAGGAGCACGUUUACGAGGAGAUCGUGGAGGCUCCCGAGCCGGACGGACGAGGGAACCUGCAGCUGUAUCAGCAGGAGAGGGAGGAGGCCGAGAAUUACCGCAAGGAAGCCCUGGGUGCCAGACUGCACCAUUACGAUGAGCGCUCGGACAACGAGUCAGACAGCCCGGAGAAGGAAGCCGAAUUUGCGCCCUACCCACGCAUGGACAGCUACGAGCAGGAAGAAGACAUCGACCAGAUUGUCGCUGAGGUGAAGGAAAGCAUGAGUUCCCAAAGCCUGGGCCAGGCCUCCGAGGACAUGCCUGAGGCCGAACAGAGCUCAGAGAACGAUGACCCCACCUCGGCUCUGAACUCACAGUCUGCAUCUUCCACAGGUCUAGCUGAAGUAGUGAGGCACACUAGGGAACAAAGGGAUGCCAUAUCGUUAGCAAUUAAGGACAUUAAGGAAGCAAUCGAAGAGGUGAAGACUCGAACCAUUCGAUCACCGUACACUCCUGACGAGCCUGCAGAACCGAUCUGGGUGAUGCGCCAAGACGUUAGUCCAACGGCAGAUUGUGAGAUCCAAAUGGUAAUGGAUGGAGAUCAGUCAUCCUCACCAGGGUCAUCAUCUCCCCGAGGUGCAGAGUCAUCCGUGACACAGCAUCGAACAGACAUUCACGACGCAGCAGAGACAGCAACGAAUCGAGAGUCAAGAAAAGCUUUGGCCUCCUUUCCCACUUAUGUUGAAGUCCCUGGACCCUGUGACCCAGAGGAUCUAAUCGAUGGCAUCAUCUUUGCGGCCAACUACCUGGGCUCCACCCAGCUGCUGUCUGACAAAACCCCGUCCAAAAAUGUACGGAUGAUGCAGGCGCAGGAAGCUGUCAGCAGAAUCAAGAUGGCCCAGAAAUUGGCCAAAAACCGGAAGAAGGCACCCGAGGGAGAACCCCAACCUAUGACGGAGGUGGACCUCUUCAUUUCAACCCAGAGGAUUAAAGUGCUCAAUGCAGACUCACAGGAAACUAUGAUGGACCAUCCCUUAAGGACCAUUUCGUACAUUGCGGAUAUUGGAAACAUUGUGGUGCUGAUGGCGCGUCGCCGCAUGCCCCGAUCUAAUUCCCAGGACAGUGUGGAAGCGUCUCACCCUUCGCAGGAUGGGAAGAGGCAGUACAAGAUGAUCUGCCAUGUCUUUGAGUCCGAGGACGCUCAGUUGAUAGCCCAGUCCAUCGGCCAAGCAUUCAGUGUCGCCUACCAAGAGUUCUUGAGGGCAAAUGGGAUUAAUCCAGAGGACCUGAGCCAGAAGGAAUAUAGUGACCUCCUCAACACUCAGGACAUGUACAAUGACGACUUGAUUCACUUCUCCAAGUCGGAAAACUGCAAAGAAGUUCACGUUGAGAAGCAGAAAGGUGAAAUUCUGGGUUUGGUGAUCGUUGAAUCAGGCUGGGGCUCCAUACUUCCAACAGUGAUCAUCGCAAACAUCAUGCAUGCAGGGCCUGCAGAGAAGUCUGGAAAGCUGAACAUUGGAGACCAGAUUAUGUCCAUCAAUGGCACCAGCCUGGUGGGACUUCCAUUAUCCACCUGUCAGAGCAUCAUAAAGGGUUUAAAGAACCAGUCUCGAGUCAAACUGAACAUUGUGCGGUGCCCUCCUGUCACCACGGUGUUGAUUCGGAGGCCAGACCUGCGCUAUCAACUGGGCUUCAGUGUACAGAACGGUAUUAUCUGCAGCCUUAUGCGCGGAGGGAUUGCAGAGCGUGGAGGAGUGAGAGUUGGCCAUCGCAUUAUAGAAAUCAAUGGGCAAAGUGUUGUCGCUACACCUCACGAGAAGAUAGUCCACGUUUUGUCCAAUGCAGUUGGUGAAAUUCACAUGAAGACCAUGCCUGCAGCCAUGUAUAGACUGCUGACAGCUCAAGAACAGCCUGUUUACAUCUGAAAGGACGACAAACCCUGCCCCGGUGUGCAAAGUGGAAGUGUCUGUGUGGUUUGAUUGUGUUCACCAUUGCUGCAUUUCUGCAGCUGCAGAAACUAUAAUUUUUUUUAAACAUGUUUUGUUUGACAAAAAAAAUCUGUAAAAAAAAAAUUCAAAUCUUUGCCUUUCAGACAUGCAACUUUGUGCGGUUUAUAUAGAAAUAAAUGUAAAUAUAUUCUCGCAGAUUAAUUCUCACCAAGAUAACACAGAAUUAGUAACUGGGCACCUAUAUAGCUUGAUGUUCUUUAAGAGAGGGCUCUUAUGCAGAACUAGAUCAAUGCAGGUGAGUGACUAUGACAUUGGGAAAUAUAUUUAAAGCUAAACAAACUGAUAAGCAUUUACAAAGUAUCUAAAAGUAUGUCUGAUUUGGAAAUUCCUAGAUCUUUCCUAAUUAUAUUUUAAAAUAUUCCUGAAGAAUUCUCUUAAUCUGUUAUUCUUUUACCUCAUUGAGAUGUUCCAACAUGCACUGGAGUGUUUGUAAAGAAUUUAUUUUGACAAUCCUAUCCAAGUCGGAGUUUGAAGCCAUUCUCUGAAGUUAAGGGCAGAUCUAAUAUAAUUUCUGUGUCACCACUUUUCAAUCUUAAAAAGAAGUUAUGGGCUGUGAAUUUCUAAUUCAAGUUGGUAAAAAGCAGAGAUUAAAAGCAUGGAGUGCUUUGCAGUUCCGUUCUUGUAACAUCUGUCACAUGAAACUAAUCAUUAACAAACUCUUGGUUGAACUAAUGUUUUGUUUUGGAAAUUAAAUGCAGAGACCUAGGGUUGAGGUGUAAAUGAGUUAAAAACAGUUCCAAUAGAUGAUCUUAAACUAUAUUAAGUAAAAUGUUAGCAGCAAAUUUGCUGAGUCCUGCCAAGUUCUGUACUUCUAAACCUGAUCUGAGACCCUAGUCUACAUUAUAGACAGCAUCUAAUUCAGUGCUGGGGUAUUUAACGUGCACACUCUUGUUCCUCUAUAUCUCCCAUUAACAAAUACCAAGCCAGUGUAUCAGCUUGAGUUCUAUGUUGUUUAACUUGAAACCAUUUGAUUUUCUACACACAUCUCCACUUAAUAGAUUGUUGUGUCAAUUGUAGCCAGUUUUAUGUCACUGUUGGGAGUGAGCAUUUAAUAGAGCAGAACCUUAACCACUGUACGUAAUAAGGAUGUAGUGUGGAGCAAGUGAUAGCACUGUUCUGCACUGUAGUGACACUAUGCCUAUUCCAACAGGAGCUUGAUUCAUUGAGGUUAGUAUUUAGGUGAGCAGUGAUCAUUGAAGUUUCUAGCACAGAAGAUGGUCAUUUCACCUUCUGUCACAGAUGGGUGUGAAAGAACUAUCCAGCCUAAUCCCAUUUCUCAGCUCUGUCCUGCUCGCCCAACCAGUGAAUUUCCACUUAUGAUCAUCGCACUUUAUAGAUUAACUUCCAUAUGAUUAAAGUGUUAGAACAGAGUGUCCUUACACAUUCCAGCAACAGGAGAUUCCCGGAAUUUUAUUGGAACAUCAGAGGCAUUCCCAUUUCCAGGCAUGAGGCUAAAUUAAUGAUGACCAGAGUAAUUUGAGGGUGAAUAUACUGAAAAUGCCAGAGUUUCUCUCUAGUUCAGGUGAAUACUCAAUUCCUAUGUUUACACACAAGAUUAAAGUGUUAACCUGCACAGCUCUGUCACAGCAUUACUUGAAGUUAUUAAAAUGACAUGGCACAACCUAAAGGGUUUCAUUCAAUGAUACGUUUGUUAAUAUCUAUAACUAAUACUUACACAUGCCGAUGUGAACUUAAUGUAAAUAUUUUAUGCAGUACUAGAAUAUACUUUUUUGUCAUUUGGUGCAAUAGAAUAUAAGAUAUCAGGAGAUUAUAACACAGCAACAUAAUGUUCUACUUUGUAAUGUUGUUUGAAGUAUGUCAGCUAUUCAUUAUUAUCAUAUUAAUGCCGUAGUUCAUAAUCCAGUAUUUUUUGAGGAUUAUCUUUUGUGUUUGUAAUACAGCGACAAUGUUUAUUUAUUUAUGUUACUGUUAAUGGUUUAUUUUUCAGGGAAGGGGGAAAAGCGAGUGAUGCGUGUAAUGAUUUGUACUCCUUAACAUUUUUUCUCUCAAUUGCAAAGAGGGAAAAUAGUAUUCAAAUGUGUUGAGUCUGCAAAAAAAAUUUUAAUGUUUCUGAAAGAAUUUCACCCAUGGUUUCUGCUUCUGAACCCGUGCAAGAGUAUCAGCCAGCAACUGUGAACACUUCUGUAUGCAUUGAAGUCAAGAGGACCAAAUUGUUUUCAAGUGAUAUGGUGUUCCUGGUAAGGCGAAAGUUUCUAGCCUUCCCGACAUGCUGCAGUUCUUCUGGUGAAGGAUCUCCCCCAGUGUUGUUAGGAAGAGAUUUCCAGCAUUUACAGUCAGGAUUGCGACCCAUUGUAGGGGGAAUUUGCAGCUGGUGUUCCCAUUUCACCUUUUGCCCUUGGUAGUGAAGGUUGCGUGUUUGAGCGGUAUUGCUAGAGAAGAUUUUAUGAGUAGCCGGAGUGCAUUUUGUUCAUGUUACACAUUGUGACCAUGGUGUGUCAUUGGCAGAGAGUGUGAAUGUAAAUGAGGGCUUAAUUGUGGAGGUGUGGGGAAGUGUUUGCAUCUGGCAGCCAAUAUUCUCGCACAUAUUUAGCACUGGGGACCAAAAGCAGAUAUCUCUUUUGUUAAUUCUUCAAAAUGCUGAACUGUAAAGAUGAAAAAGAACCCCAAGUAAUCAAUGUUCAUUGUGCAGUUUUCAUAUGACAGAUGAUGGAUGCAGUAGGGUGGAGUUUACCUCUUAGUGAUCAUUGAUCAGAGGUUGGGGGUCUCCAAAGGGGACCUUUGCUCCCUUCAUCUUGGGCUAGGGGUUUGCCUGUUCCCUAUUUUGGAUGAAACUGCCCAAUUGGACAGAUAUGUCAGUUCAGGGCUUGAGCUGGGGUGUAGGGAGCCGUAUGAUAGCAUAGGGUAUCCUUUUCCUGUCCCUCAGCAGUUCUCACAUGCCUGGCAACCUUCAUGUGAUUUCCCUGCCUUUACCAGUCAUUCUUUGGUGAAAGCCAGCAUACACUGAACUCCUCUGGCAUGCCUAUCAGAAGCGGCCUUUCCCCUAAACUAGACAGGCUGGCUAGCGUUCAGAUCGUCUGAAAGUCUUUCAGUCCUCUAAGGCUAGGUCUGGAGUCUCCCAAGGUUACAGGAACAGGAAGUGGCCUUUUAAUGCCAGGGGACUACAGGUAUAUAGAUCUAACUCCAUAUAGCUGCUCACCUUGGGUAUCUCAGUAUCUUUGUUUAGCAGAAAUCUAAUUGGUUUUGGCAUCAAUGGCCAUUGGCAGAAGUGUUCCAGGUUUUUAUCACCUUCUGCUUUUAAAUAGUUUCUUGGCUGCUCUCUUGAAAGGCCUGCUUUACCUGGACCUUCUUUCUCUAGGAGAGCACUGUGCAAAAAUCCUUCAGAGAAAUCUUCCAGGGGAUGGUGGAGGGGAAGGAUCAAUAGGAUCAAUCCCCCUGCCCCCUCCCCCCCCCGCCACACACACCUUAUUUAAAAAGUGAUGAUCAUACUGGGUGGGAUUAAAAGGUGGGUAGGGGGCCUUGUGAUGAAACCCUCUAAGAACGGGUCAGAGAGUUAUCAAUCUCACAAACUGUUAGGAGGCCAAUUCUAGCAGGCUGUGAAGAGCUGGGAGUGGUUUGAGUAGAGCAGUUUGACAGAUGUGCUAAGUGAAACCCUAAAUUGGUAUCCAGGGAAAUCCAAACCAUGUGUUACGGCACGUUAUGGAAGUGUAUACUGUGGGCAUUGCAUCAUUUCAGUGUGUGAUAGUCAAAAAAAUUAUAGCAAUAAGAUUAGAAACUGAUGAAUUGAAAUCCAUUCCCUCCAGGUCCUUUUGUAAUUUGAAAGUGUGUUGAGAGAUAGUGACUCUUCCUAACAAGAAACCACAGUAAAAUUUUAGCAACACCACGGUGCGUAAUGGCGCUCUGAUUCAUUAAAAACAUCUGGAAAACACUUCGACCAUCUUAAUGAUAAGACUGGAUUAGUAAUUAGCAAGCCCAUUGUGACUGAAUGGUGCCAUGGAUAAUUAAUGUUAUCUCCCAGCUACAGGGAACCAGGUUUGAUCCUAUCCUUAGCUGCUGUCUUUGUGGAGUAUCUGUUUUCUCAGAGAAUACAUGGAUUUCCUCCCACAUCCCAGAGAUGUGCAUGUUGGUAGGUUCACUAGCUCUGUAAAUUACCCCUAGAGUAGGUGAGGGACAGGAGAAUUGGUGGGACUUGAGGGGCAUGUGAGAGGGAGAGAGGUUGUGGGGAGGUGUGGGUUAAUGGAUCUAAUGAAUGUAAACUCAGAGCCAGCAUGGAUCUUCAGACAGAUAGCCUUCUGUGUUUUUUUUAAAAAGUCAAAUUAAUUGGAGAUGUUAGUCGAAAUCCCAAUGUCUUCUUAAUUAAGUGAAUAAAUCUGGCAUUGGUAAUGGCAGGCAAUAAACUAGUGGAUUAAUAUAAAGCCUUUGUUGGCCACCUGAUCUUCAGGGCAGAUAGGUGGGGAAAUCGGAGGCCUACAUCCUGGAAAUGUACAGAGUGGGAAAAACAUGCUGUGUCAGGCAGCCUCUGUAGGAGAGGGAAAGGAACACAGCUGAAGUUACUGUUGACCCACCCCAGGAGCUGACUGAGGUAUUCUCCAAUAUCUCUCUUUGUUUUGGUUUUCUGACAUUAGCACUUGUCCAUUUUCAGUACAUUUACUCAUCCCUUUGAUAUAUUAAGCCACUGUGUAAUAAUAUUCGAGGUACGGUUUGGUUUGUCUGAAAGUGCCUUGAGAAAGGGCCUGUUAGUAACUUUGCUACUUUUUACUAAGUUUAAAACACAAAACUAGCAGCACGUGACUGAUUUCACCUGAGCUGAUGUUCAAACAGUGUGAUUGGAUUGUACCUGUGGAGGAGGGCGUGCAAAUACCCCUGAGAUUCUUGCUGACCUUCCUGUUUCAGUUUACUACACGUCUGUCCUAUGACUGACGUUUCCACAUAUUGCCUCUCUGUAGCUGCUGUGCUGUGUGUUGCAUGUAUUUACCUCUGUUACAGUGUUCAGGCACUGUUAGCACAGGGCAUGUGUCUCACAAUUCUUGACCAAUAAAACUUAUCAGAAACAACUGUGCACCAUCUUAAUUUCCUAUUGACAAAGAGCCUUUUGUUGACUUUUGUAACAGAAGAUUACUGUAAGUCAUUUAAGAUGGUGACUUUUACAAUGAUGGAAGUAAAUUUACUGCAACUAUUUUUUGUUGACUUUUCUGGUGUGAGAGCAUCAAGCUGGAACAAAUCUCCCAAGAUAGAAGUCACAUGGAUGCUGGAAUACAGGUAAACUUAGCAGUUGUAGGAAAUGUGGUAACCAAUUCUUUUAGCCAAAUAUGGCAGGUGAAGUUUCUCAAUCCCUCUUCAAAAUGCAGUUCCAUCUGUUUACACAGGACAAGAGUUUGACAUAGGGGAGCCACUGUUCUACAUUAAGUUAACAGUGGCAGAGGACACCUGGCUCCAGUUUUGAGUAUUGACCAACAGUGAAAUGUAAAUUUUCUUGAUGCAUAUUUCUCAGUGUGUGGUUAGCCUAACAUGCAGCAAGAUGAUUAUGCAGUUUGUGUGUGUGUGUACACACACACACACACACAUAUAUACAUACACACAUUUGCUAAACUUUAAAUUAUAAAUUGCUGUAAAAUGCAACAGAGAUAAUUUUGUCACACAAAUGUACCAUUGGGUCUUUUCUGUCCUAAGCAGCUCGUAGGCUUUCAUUAAUCAGUUUUCAAUCAGAAUGAGAUUAAUAAGGCUGAAGGUAUAACUCUUGCAUCUGGUAUGUGUA